AGUCGAGCAAGCCCGACCGCUUUUUCCGCCAGCCACUCCAGACAGUCCUCGAUCUCGGAGGGCCCACACAUUUGCGGAUGGGUUGGGUGUGGCGUCCAAUUUGAGUCAUUACCUGCUCUGACCGAGCAUCUGAGCUCUCAGCACAUUGGCCACGGUCAGAAGGAGUACCGAUGCGAGUGGGAGGGCUGCGAGCGAGCAGGAAACGGACAAAGCUUUUCUCAGCGUCAGAAAGUCAUGCGGCAUCUGCAGGUGCACACGGGACACAAGCCUUUCAAGUGCAAGGAAUGCGGAAAGCAAUUCUCUGAGCAAAAUACACUUCAUCAGCACAUGCGCACCCACACUCGCGAGAAGCCGUACGUCUGCACCCAUCCAGGCUGUAACAAGCGCUUUGCUGUUGCAGGCAGUCUCACGAUCCACGCCAGGACGCAUACUGGCGAGAAGCCCUUCAAAUGCUCAGUGUGCGGAAAGGGAUUUGCCGAGUCAAGCAAUUUGAGCAAACACUUGCGGGUGCACACUGGGGAGAAGCCCUUUCCUUGCACGAUGCCUGGCUGUAACAAGGCGUUUAGCAGACCAGACCAGUUAUCGAGGCAUCGCAAGGUUCACGAGCGCUCUGUGGGGAAGCAUCACACUGAGCCUAUUGCUACCAUCAUUGCUCGUGCAGACUCUGAAGCGAGCGCCUGA